AUGGAUGAAGCUGAAGAUCCCAGAGUGAAAGACUGGCCCCUUAUGAGCAGUCCAGGACCCACCCUUGCCAUAGUGCUUGUCUACGCGUUCUGUGUAAAAGUGGUCGGACCCAAACUCAUGGAGAAGAGGAAACCCUUCCAGCUCAAGAACACACUUAUCAUCUACAACCUCAUACAAGUCAUAUUCAGCUCGUGGCUGUUCUAUGAGGCAAUCGUAGCCGGUUGGUUCAAUGGAUACAGUUUCAGGUGCCAACCUGUUGACUAUUCAACAUCUCCUAAGGCUAUGAGGGUGAGUGAAAUUUUAUUUUUUACAACUUCAUUCAUAUUUCAAACAAUUUCAUUCAUAUCUUAA